ACUGGAAGUGAAGUGAAAGGGAAAAGGACUUGGAGGCCAAGUUCAUUAUUCAAAUGGAGAAAAGCAAAACGACAAUCACAAACUUAAAGAUACCAGAAGGAGGGACUGGGGACUCAGGCAGAGAACGAACCAAGACCUUCACCUAUGACUUCUCUUUUUAUUCUGCUGAUACAAAGAGUCCAGAUUAUGUUUCACAAGAAAUGGUCUUCAAAACCCUGGGCACAGAUGUCGUGAAAUCUGCAUUUGAAGGUUAUAAUGCUUGUGUCUUUGCAUAUGGGCAAACUGGAUCCGGAAAGUCAUACACUAUGAUGGGAAAUUCUGGUGAUUUGGGCUUAAUACCUCGGAUCUGUGAAGCACUUUUCAGCCGGAUAAAUGAAACCACGAGAUGGGAUGAAGCGUCUUUCCGGACAGAAGUCAGCUACUUAGAAAUUUAUAACGAGCGUGUGAGAGACCUACUUAGGCGAAAGUCAUCUAAAACCUUCAAUUUAAGAGUCCGUGAACACCCAAAAGAAGGACCUUACGUUGAGGAUCUAUCCAAGCAUUUAGUACAGAAUUACAGUGAUGUAGAAGAGCUUAUGGACGCAGGAAAUAUCAAUCGUACCACUGCAGCAACUGGGAUGAAUGAUGUCAGUAGCAGGUCUCACGCCAUCUUCACCAUCAACUUCACUCAGGCGAAAUUUGAUGCCGAAAUGCCAUGUGAAACUGUGAGCAAGAUCCACCUGGUCGAUCUUGCUGGAAGUGAGCGUGCAGAUGCCACCGGUGCCACCGGGGUCAGGCUGAAAGAAGGGGGCAAUAUAAACAAGUCCCUUGUGACUCUGGGAAAUGUCAUUUCUGCCUUAGCUGAUUUAUCUCAGGAUGCAGCCAAUCCUCUUGUGAAGAAGAAGCAAGUUUUUGUGCCUUACAGGGAUUCUGUUUUGACGUGGCUGUUGAAAGAUAGCCUUGGCGGAAACUCUAAGACCAUCAUGAUUGCCACCAUUUCACCUGCUGAUGUCAAUUAUGGAGAAACCCUAAGUACUCUUCGCUAUGCAAAUAGAGCCAAAAACAUCAUCAACAAGCCUACCAUUAAUGAGGAUGCCAACGUCAAACUCAUCCGUGAGCUGCGAGCUGAAAUAGCCAGGCUGAAAACACUGCUUGCUCAAGGGAAUCAGAUUGCCCUCUUGGACUCCCCUACAGCUUUAAGUAUGGAGGAAAAACUUCACCAGAAUGAAGCAAGAGUCCAAGAAUUGACCAAGGAAUGGACAAAUAAGUGGAAUGAAACCCAGAAUAUUUUAAAAGAGCAAACCUUAGCCCUCAGGAAAGAAGGGAUUGGUGUGGUUCUGGACUCUGAGCUGCCUCACUUGAUUGGCAUUGACGAUGACCUUCUGAGUACUGGAAUCAUCUUGUAUCACUUGAAGGAAGGUCAGACAUAUGUUGGUAGAGAAGAUGCUUCAACAGAACAAGAUAUUGUUCUUCAUGGCCUCGACUUGGAGAGUGAGCAUUGUGUCUUUGAAAAUGUCGGGGGGACAGUGACUCUGAUUCCUCUGAGUGGGUCCCAGUGCUCCGUGAAUGGUGUUCAGAUCAUGGAUGCCACACACCUAAAUCAAGGUGCUGUGAUACUCUUGGGAAGAACCAACAUGUUUCGCUUUAACCAUCCGAAGGAAGCCGCCAAGCUCAGGGAGAAGAGGAAGAGUGGCCUUCUGUCCUCCUUCAGCUUGUCCAUGACCGACCUCUCCAAGUCCUGUGAGAACUUGUCCGCAGUCAUGUUAUAUAACCCCGGUCUUUUCCCUAUAAAAGGACCCAUCUGUCUAAGACUUGAAUUUGAGAGGCAGCAGCGUGAAGAACUUGAAAAGCUAGAAAGUAAAAGGAAACUCAUUGAGGAGAUGGAGGAAAAACAGAAAUCCGACAAGGCAGAGCUGGAGCGGAUGCAGCAGGAGGUGGAGACCCAACGCAAGGAGACCGAGAUCGUGCAACGUCAGAUCCGCAAGCAGGAGGAGAGCCUCAAACGCCGCAGCUUCCACAUUGAGAACAAGCUCAAGGACUUGCUGGCCGAGAAGGAAAAGUUUGAGGAAGAGAGGCUAAGGGAACAGCAGGAGCUGGAGCAGCAGAAGAAGCGGCAGGAGGAAGAGGGCCUUCCCCGCGUCAGAGAGGAGCUCCGGAGGCUCCAAGAACUCAAUAACCACGAGCAGGCGGAGAAGGUCCAGAUCUUCCAGGAGCUAGACCGGCUGCACCGGGAGCAAGAUGCCCAGAGCGCCAAGCUGGAGCUGGAGAAAAGGAGGCUGGAGGAGCAGGAGAAGGAGCAGGUGCUGCGUGUGGCACACCUGGAGGAGCAGCUGCGGGAGAAGCAGGAGAUGGUUCCACUGCUACAUCAUGCCGAGGUCCAGCGGGCUGAGGAGGAGAAGAGGAUUCUAGAAGGCAUUCGAGCAGCGCUCCUGCAGGCCAAGGAGGCCCGGGCCGCAGGGGACCAUGCCUGCGACCAGGAACUAGAACAGGCUCAGCAGCAUUUCUUGGAGUUCAAGAGAAGGCAGCUUGUCAAACUGGCGACCUUGGAAAAGGACCUGGUCCAGCAGAAAGAGCUCCUGGGAAAAGAAGUUCAAGAAGAGCAGGAAACCCUCAAGAGUAUAAAAUGUGACAGUGACAAGGAAGCCAGGUUGCUGGCAACAAAUGAGGGUAGCAUCAGCAACGCUGCCUGUGUGACUCAAGAUCUAGAGAAAAUAAAACCAGCAGAGUAUAGGCUGCAGAGUAAAGAGCGCCAGCUGCGAGACCUUCUGCAAAAUCAUUUGCCCGCUCUUUUGGAAGAAAAGCAGAGGGCUCUUGAAAUCCUUAACAGGGGUGCUCUGAGCUUAGACAACACUCUCUACCAAGUAGAAAAAGAAAUGGAAGAAAAAGAAGAGCAGAUUGUACAGUACCGGGAUAGUGCUAACCAGCUGCAGCAGCUCCAGGCCACCUUCGAGUUCACAGCCAACAUCGCCAGACAGGAAGAGAAAGUGAGGAAAAAGGAAAAGGAAAUUCUGGAGUCCCUGGAGAAGCAGCAGAGAGAGGCACUGGAGCGGGCUGUGGCCAAGCUGGAGAAGCAGCAUUCUGCCCUGCAGAGACGCUCCACCCUGGGCCUGGAGAUCCAAGAGCAGAGGCACAAACUUGCCUCUCUUCACAGCAGUGGCAGUGAGCAGUCAGGGCUCCGGGCUAGCCUGGAGGCCGAGCAAGAAGCCCUGGAGAAGGACCGAUGGAGGUUAGAACAUGAAAUCCAGCAGCUGAAGCAGAAAAUCUGUGAGAUGGAUAGUGUUCAACGACAUCAUCAUGAGACCCUGCAGGGGAAGGCUGCUGCUUCUGGCUUGCCACCCAGUGCUGAAAACUGUCAUCUGGCUCCACUGAUGGAUGCCAGAAUCAGUGCUUACAUCGAGGAAGAGGUCCAAAGACGCCUUCAUGAUUUGCACCGGGCAAUUGGUGAUGCCAGCCAUGUAGCUGCAGAUGUGAUGAAGGGUAAUGAGGAACUUCACAAUGGCACCAUUCAACGUAAGCUAAAAUAUGAGAGGAUGGUUUCUCGCUCUUUGGGAGCAAAUCCAGACGACCUGAAGGACCCAAUUAAGAUUAGUAUCCCACGCUAUGUCCUGUGUGGACAAGGGAAGGAUGAACACUUCGAGUUUGAAGUCAAGAUUUCUGUCCUAGAUGAGACAUGGACUGUGUUCAGGCGCUAUAGUCGUUUUCGAGAAAUGCAUAAAACAUUGAAGCUCAAGUAUGCAGAGCUUGCUGCCCUUGAAUUCCCCCCAAAGAAGCUGUUUGGAAACAAAGACGAGCGUGUGGUUGCCGAGAGGCGGACUCACUUAGAGAAAUACCUCAGGGACUUUUUCAGUGUGAUGCUCCAGUCUGCAACAUCUCCCCUUCAUAUCGACAAAGUGGGUCUGACCCUUUCGAAACACACCAUUUGUGAAUUUUCGCCAUUCUUCAAGAAAGGAGUCUUUGACUACAGCAGCCACGGUACUGGGUAGAGCUGAGGUAACAGAGGAACCACCAACACAGUGCCUUCUCAUCAAAGUGGCUCCGAUGCAGGGUGGUCACCUGCACCAGGAUCCCAGCCUGCCUCUUGCUGGGGCAACAUGGAGCAGCCAGCCCAGACCACCUCACAUGCCAUACUUAGUGCCUGAGUUUGGGAGUGGAAUGCUUUGCCUACCAACAGUGACCCUGACAUGCAGUUGUUACUGCUCCACUGCAGUUGAAUGUGGCCUUUUCCCAUAGUGCUUCCUUCUCAUUGUGCAGAGUCCAUACCCUGUGGCAAGAUGGAUGUGACUUGCUUAUCUUGGGACUCCCAGAGCCAAGUGAACUUGGGACCUCCCAGACUGGGUGGCUUAGCAGACCACCAUUAAGUGACUUUCAUCUGGUUUCUUCUUUCACCAAAAUAUGCUCGUUUUUUAUAUCACUUCCAUGUGAUUGGCUAUAUCUCAAGAAAUAUGUUUUAAGUUAUUUCAUUCUAAUUCUUUCUCUUCAUUUGGAUCAGAACAUCUACAUCAUAUCUAAACACUGAUGUUUACACAGAAUUUCAAAUUCUGCAAAAGGGAUUUUUAGUCCAAUCAUCACUAGAGUCUUCCAUGCCUGACAACUUGGAUAUAGGCAAUAGCACUUAAAACUUGUAUAAAUCCAUACAGAUAAGAUGUUGUUUAACCUACAAUAUUUGAGGACAUUUUCCCAAAUCUCAAUGGCUACUAUGCAUUUUUGAGCUUUUUCUGCACAAAACAAGCGCAAAGCUGGAUUCAUCCUUUAAUUAUCAUUUUGUUCAUGUUUUAGUUCAAAGUCUUGAGAAUAUUUAGCUAAAACAUUAGAAUUCAUAGUAGUUUGUUCAUAAUCUCUAAAAUACUCAGGACAUAAUGUAGCAUUGCACAUUUAUGUGCAGUGAAACUGCUUUGUUUUUUCAAAAGAGAAAAUUGUGAGUAGAAAAAUGUGGUAUAUAUCAAAAUGUAUAUAAUUCUGCAUAUAGAUUUAUAUAUGUAUACACUCCUGUACAGUAGUAUAUUGAGCUGUCUAAUCAUUCACACCAGUUUUAUUAAAGGUGUUUGCUUUUCAAAUUUUAAAUUAAGCUGCUAUCAAUAUUAAAUGAAGAUAUGGACUCUA